AUGGAAGAGGCCUUCUUUUAUGCUCUUCUCCGAAUAUCAAUAGCGCAGAUCCUAAAAGCAUCGGGCUUCGACAAGUGCAAGCCGCUGACCCUCAAUGCUGUCACCGACAUCUACAUCAAGCAUUUUGAACUCGUUCUAAAUAGCGCCAAGAAGUACGGCCAGGCCCGAACCCGGUGCACAAAUGUGCUCGAGGCUCCUGACUUGGUCCAGGCGCUACUAGAUGUUCAGUUGAUCAAGCCACUGACUGGAGACAGCAUUCUAGAUCCCAGAGAUGCUGCGCAAGACCCACAAACAGAGUACAAUGUGAAAUCGCUAGAGCUGUUUGUGCGAUGGCUACAGUUCAGCGACAGUUUUAGCUUGGCUAAACGCUUGAGUGAAGUACCCAGCUCUCAGUUGCGGAAUUUGAUGGAGAAGCGUAAAAUCGAUACCUCCUCUGAAACAGACCAGGAAAAGAAAAAACGAAGACUAAGAGAGAGACAGGAGUACUACAAUCAACUAAAGCUGGGAGAAGAUCCAGCAAACGCACAGUAUGGCGGGAUGCCUGAAGAUCUCGAGGAAGCUGAGGUCACUGAAAAUGAUAAGCUCUCGUGGCUAGAGUACUUGGCAGAGAAAGGCGUGAAGUUGGGUCACAAUCUUCAGUACAUGAACACCGUCCUUCAUGAUACAGUUCUUCCCAUUCACAAGAAUAGCAAAUUUCACCCCUCUAAAGAUGGUGAAGAUGCAUACAAAAAGUUUAUCUCCCACGCUCAAAACAGCACAAGGAAUGAUCAUGUUGUCGUAGGCAUCCAUGAUGCCGACAACGACAAUGGAACGGACGGCGCUGCUGUCAUUCAGCCGUCUGAGAAAUUGAAAGAGUCGCUUCCUUACAACAUCAAAUAUCAAGAUUCAUUGUUGAACGAUGAUCUUCAGCAGUACAUAGACUAUGCUGAGAAAUAUGGAUUUCCGGCCACACCAGUGUCUGCCAACUCGCCCAGCAGUAUGGAUGUGGACCAAUCUGAAGAGAAAAUGGUGUAA